CCCGAUAACUUUAACAGCAGGGUAGGAAGAGGGGAAAAAAACGUCUGGCAGCAGUCGAUAUUAAAAACAUGCAGAGGGAGACAAGCUCGGGGCCUUCCAGAGUCAGGAAAAAGACUUCGGAGAGCUGCAGACAGGAGAUGGGUAUGGCAUUUCUAUUUUCCCCCAGCCCAUUGAUUUGUAUAUGAAAACAUAGCGCUUUUAUUCUCCCCCCUUCUGGGCUCUGCUUCUGAGUGAUCAGCUGAUGAAGAGACUAGCAGCUCGCCGCUAUGCUGGCUUGCUAAUUCUCUCCCCCACAGCUGCAGCCGAUCCUGAUAGCCAGCCUGCAGAUUGCAGUCAGCCUGAGGUCAGAGAGAACGGUUCCCUGGAGGAGAUGGAAGAGGACAUCAGUCUGAAGAAACGUAAAAGCGAUCAUCAUGGAGAGAAAGAAGUGCAGACCGGGCAGGAAACUGGCGAAAAGGUCAAAAGGAAGCGAGGACGCCCACCAGCCGAGAAACUGCCUCCAAACCCACCUGAACUCACCAGAACACUGAGCACGCUGGUUGAUAUGGUUAUCAACUACAAGGACGGGUUGGGUCGACAGAUCAGUAAAGGCUUUGUGCAGCUUCCCUCUAAGAAGGAGGUACCAGAGUACUACGAGCUGAUCCGAAAGCCUGUGGACUUCAGAAGGAUCAGAGAACGUGUGCGUAAUCACAAGUACAGAAGUGUGGGGGAUUUGGAAAAGGAUAUUUUCCUCCUGUGUCACAAUGCUCAGACUUAUAACCUGGAGGGAUCUCAGAUUUAUGAGGAUUCAAUUGUCAUUAAGUCUGUUUUCGAGAGCGCGAGACAGAGAAUUGUCACAGACGAGGAACAGAAACAGACGGUUAGCGCCAGUCACAGCGAUAAUGGCGGCGGAGCUGAAGACCAAUUUGUCCCAUCAGCAGUGAAACCAUUACCAGUCCAGCUAAAGAAGGGGAAUGAGGAUGAGAGAAGCAGAAAUACCAUGCCCAAGAGGCUCCACAGUGAUUUAGACAGUGAUCAGGAUCUAGAGGAAAAUACCACAAAAGAUGAAGGCUGAACUCAAUGGCCAUUUUUUUGUAUUCUGGUUUAUGUCUAUUCUCUGCCACAUCUCUUUUCAUUGGUUUCUUCACUUUAUAAGCAAAAGAAAGGUCUUCGAAAAUAAAACGGAAAAGACCACUCAAAGAGAGGUACUUAUUACUCACUUAAAAGAAAAAGCAUUGAUCUGAUGCUUUUUCUUUUAGAUGACUCAUGCCAUUCAAACACGUCUUGCUGCACAUAGUGCUGUUCUUUUAAUUUAGCUAGUCUUUUACAAUAAUUUCCAUUUUAUCUGCCUUAGUCCCUGUGAUUGCUUCUGCAAAUAUUCUGUAAAACACCGGUUUAACUGACUGUUUUUAAUCCAUAUAUUUGAUUGUAUGAAAUGCCUUCAUAUGUCUUGGAGCAUGAUAUGUAUAUCUCUCCUGAAGCUGGCUCCCCCAGAGCAGCUCCCGCUGAUGACAAUGUUGAUGUGUUCAGGGUUAGAGAAUUGAAGCACAUGAGAAGGUCUUUUUAAAGAAAAAGAGAACAAAUAAACACUGUACGUUUGUUAAAAAUCUCUGAAUUUGAUUUUAGAGUUGAUACGUCUUUGAUAAAACCAUAGUGGAAGUACGAAGUUAAAGACAAAUACUAGUACUGGUAGUACUUUUGUCUGUUUCUGACACUUGAUGGAAUAUGUUUGGCUCUAAUCAAGGGUACUCAAGUUGAACAUUUGUAUCCCUUGUGCUACAGUAUAUUCAUAUAUUGUACAGUUUGUGUGAAAAGUAAAAACUAAAAUUUCUUUUCAUUUACUC